AUAACCGUAUUAUAACACGCUUCUAGGUACACUGCUGCGCGAGCUACCCUAGUAGAGUAGGAUAUCAGCGAGCAUUUUCUCAUGCCAUCUGUAACGCACCCCCCCUCUCCCCGUGCGUCGUGAUGCUCGCUGCAGACUGCCUGACGUCAGCCCGCACCCCCGUCCAGCCAGGGAGGGUCCCGGUCGCUCCACACCGGCUGCGGCGAUCGCCCGUCCCCCUGGACGCCGAGGAUUGACACCCAGAAUAGGACGAAAAUGAUCUAGGAGUACCGACCACCCGGAGUGUCCGACGGGAGAAUACGCUUGCAUCUCGCCGUUCAUUAAUCCCCCACUGGAGGUUUCUCGGCGAUGGCAGCGCUCCACUGACUGCAGGUGCAUUGUCGAACCGCUGCGUUUUUACAGGUUCAGCUCGCUUGGCCGAAGAAUGGAUCGGAACCAGCCGGACUGACUCGCUCGCCAAAGGAUGCUGGCGUCCGGAGAAAAGCCCUGACUGGGUGCGUCUAGGACGAGGCUGCGGUACUGGGAAGUACCUGCCUUUGCGUAUAUUCUGAACAGUAGAGUAAUAUGUCAUUUUAUCCUCUCGACCUGCAAAAACAAAACCAGCAAAAAGACAGUAAUUGUAAAAAAAAAACGAGGAUAUCUGUAUUAUGGUAUUUAAUGAAGAUCUGUAUGUAAUAAAAAUUGUAAAUUAUAAUUAAAUAAAACCUGAAAUUCUCGCCACCGUCAGAAACAGACAUAAACGCCAGUUUUCUCCUUCGCGGGAGAUAAAUUUUCGUGUCAUUGAGUGCCGCUGCGCCCGCAGCUGAAGAGAGGCGCCGCCGCCAACAUGAUGGAGAUCCACCAGCUCGACGAGAUGGUGUACCAGGACGACUACGGCUCCGUGUCCGUUAUGUCGGAGCGGGUGUCGGGCCUGGCCAACAGCAUCUACCGCGAAUUCGAACGGCUCAUUCGCACCUACGACGAGGAGGUGGUGAAGGAGCUGAUGCCGCUGGUAGUGAAUGUACUGGAGAACCUGGACGCCGUACUGACGGAGAACCAGGAGCACGAGGUGGAGCUCGAGCUGCUCAAGGAGGACAACGAGCAGCUGAUCACGCAGUACGAGCGCGAGAAGGCGCUGCGCAAGCAGGCUGAGGAGAAGUUCAUUGAGUUUGAGGAUGCGCUCGAGGCUGAGAAGAAGGACCUGCAGCGGCAGGUGGAGGGUCUGGAGCUGCAGGGGAAGCAGUUGGAGCUGAAAGCGAAGAACUAUGCCGAUCAGAUUUCUCGUCUGGAGGAACGAGAGACUGACAUGAAGAAGGAAUACAACGCCCUUCAUCAACGGCACACAGAAAUGAUUCAGACGUAUGUGGAGCACAUUGAGAGAUCAAAGAUGCAGCAGGCUGGUGGCAAUAUCCAAUCUGAGAGCCCUGUGCGAACUCAGCACCACGCGUGGAGGAAAAGCAAGACGGAUCGACCACCGUCACUCAGCCUGUUCCCCAGUGCGGACGGGAUGGUACGUGGGGGGCAGGUGGGGGCGAGGAUGGCGCCUGGGCCUGAUGUCUGGCUUGCCAGCCAGCUCAGCCAACCUCGCUACAAGGAGGACGAGUCAGAGUCAGGACAGUCCUCAGCCGUAGCCACACCCAGCACCGGUGGCUCCAACACCCCCACCUCGUCGGUGCCAUCGGCCGCGGUCACACCGCUCAAUGAGGGCCUUCAGCACAUGUCCCAGUUCAACAGAGACCGGAGCAAGAAGAGCAAACGCCUCAGCAGGAACAUGGAGGUGCAGGUGUCUCAGGAGACGAGGAACGUCAGCAUUGGGAUGGGCAGUAGUGAUGAAUGGUCCGAAUUCCAAGAGAUCAUCGACUCCACGCCAGAGAUAGACAUGUGCAUGGACCCACGCAUGUACGGUGGGGGGAGCAGCCCUUCGCAGGGGAUCGUCAAUGAGGCUUUCGGCAUUAACACAGACUCGCUAUACCAUGAGAUCAAGAAUGCCAAGUCUGACAUCAUCGGGGAUGUGGAUGAAGGGGCGGAGCUUCUGGGGGAGUUCUCAGUGCGUGAUGAUUUCUUCGGCAUGGGCAAGGAGGUGGAGAACCUCCUGACUGAGAACAAACAGCUCCUGGAGACCAAGAAUGCCCUAAACAUCGUGAAGAACGACCUCAUUGCAAAAGUGGACGAGUUGUCGAGUGAGCGUGAGGUCCUGAAGGAAGAGCUGGAAACAGUGAAGCAGUCGAAGAACAAGGUGGACACCAGGGUCAAAGAGCUGGAGGAGGAGCUGCGGAGACUGAAGGCUGAAGCCCUGGGGACCAUACAAGACGCCAAAGAGGAAGGACCUGACGAUUACGCAUCCCCACUCCAGGACGACGUUCCCCUGACGCAGCGCCGCCGAUUCACACGCAUGGAGAUGGCCCGUGUGCUGAUGGAGCGCAAUCAGUACAAGGAGCGACUGAUGGAGCUGCAGGAGGCGGUGCGGUGGACGGAGAUGAUUCGAGCUUCAAGAGAGAGUCCACCAAUCCAGGAGAAGAAGAAGUCCACCAUAUGGCAGUUCUUCGCUCGACUCUUCAGUGCAUCGUCCAGCCCCCCUCCUGUUAAGCGGCCGUACACCAGCGUGAACAUCCACUACAAGUCUCCAUCGCCAGCGUGUUUAUCCCAACACCGCGCACUCAACACCAACCGUACCCUCGAGCUGUUCACAGAGGACGAUUGCAUACUGUCUGCCCGACGGGAACAGAGACGGGAGCAGUACCGCCAUGUCCGAGAGCACGUGCGCGAAGAUGGGAUCAGACACACCUGUGGCUGGAGCGUCCCGUCCCGCUUCAAACAGACUGGGCCUCUGCUGGAGCUCUCACAGGAUGGGAAAAAACACCAGGUCAGCCCGAAUGACAAAGAGGACAAUCGCAUGAAGAAUGUCCCUGUUCCUGUGUACUGUCGCCCCCUGGUGGAGAGAGAUCCCAACAGGAAGCUGUGGUGUGCAGCUGGGGUGGACCUCGCUGGCUGGAAGAUUGCUGCACAGGAAGUUCUACCCAUCAAUGGUUCGGACCCUCUGACCGUGAAGGCUGAUGGUGAAGAGAGCAAGAGUGACCACAGCUCCCCUGAGAAGAAGAAGGAACUGCAUGAGAUCGACGCCAUGAGCAGCCGAGUCUGGAUCCUCACCAGCACCCACUCGGCCAGCAAGGUCGUGAUUAUUGACGCCAAUCAGCCCGGUUCGCUGGUGGACCAGUUUAAUGUGUGCAAUGCCCAUGUGCUGUGCAUCUCCAGUGUGCCCGCGGCCAGCGAGAGCGACUAUCCCGCGGGGGAGAUCUUCCUGGAGGCUGGGGAGGGGGGUGACAUGCAGGAUGCAGGGGCUGUGGAGGGUGUCUUGGCCGGGAUUACACUGGUGGGCUGUGCUGCCAACUGCAAUGUGGACCAGAGCAGCUGCUCCUCACGCACCGACACCCCCGUGGUGGACCGGAACCAGGGCCCAUCCGCCACGCUGAAUCCGUCUCAGUCAGCUGAGGAGGCCACGGAAGCCACGGAGGUCCCUGAGGCUGCAGCCAGUGUGGCAGCAGAGGGAUCGGCCCCCCCUGGGCCCUUUAUGGAGCACGUCUUCACUGACCCCCUGCCCAGCACGGCCGGCCCCCAGCUGGGAAGCAGGGCUGCUGGACCCCCCGUGGAGGACAGUUCAUCCACAGGCCAAGUCCCUCCCGAGGACGGGGAUGACGCCGCAGGGGCUAAUAGCACAGCGCCCACCAUGUGGCUGGGAGCUCAGAACGGCUGGCUCUAUGUGCACUCAGCAGUGUCCAGCUGGAAGAGAUGCCUUCACUCCAUAAAGCUGAAAGACUCCGUUCUCAGUAUAGUCCAUGUGAAGGGCAGGGUGCUGGUGGCCCUGGCAGAUGGGACUCUGGCUAUUUUCCAUAGAGCUAAAGAUGGCCAGUGGGACCUGAGCAACUACCAUCUGAUGGACCUGGGCCGGCCGCAUCACUCCAUCCGCUGCAUGGCCGUGGUACACGACAGGGUGUGGUGUGGCUACAAGAACAAGAUCCAUGUCAUCCAGCCGAAGACGAUGCAGAUUGAGAAGUCGUUCGAAGCGCAUCCCCGCAGGGAGAGCCAGGUACGGCAGCUGGCGUGGAUUGGAGACGGCGUGUGGGUCUCCAUCCGCCUGGAUUCCACGCUGAGGCUGUACCACGCGCUCACUCACCAGCACCUGCAGGAUGUCGACAUUGAGCCCUACGUCAGCAAGAUGUUAGGUACUGGCAAGCUGGGCUUCUCAUUCGUCCGAAUCACUGCUCUCCUGAUUGGAGGAAACCGGCUGUGGGUGGGGACAGGCAAUGGUGUCAUCAUUUCCAUCCCGCUGACUGAAACUGUCGUCCUGCACCGAGGGCAGCUCCUUGGUUUGAGGGCCAACAAGGUGUCCCCGACCUCCAGCGGGGGGAUCAUCCACGUGUACGCUGACGACGGCUCAGACAAGAACAGCGGGAGCUUCAUCCCCUACUGCUCCAUGGCCCAGGCACAGCUCUGCUUCCACGGCCAUCGCGACGCCGUCAAGUUCUUUGUCUCUGUGCCAGGAAAUGUGUUGGCCACGCUGAACGGCAGCGUGCUGGACAGCCCGUCCGAGAACCCCAGCUCCACAGCUGCCCCAGAGGCAGAGGCCCAGAGUGUCAACAACGUGCUGGUCCUGAGUGGCGGGGAGGGCUACAUUGACUUCCGCAUCGGGGACGGAGAGGAUGAGGAGACAGAGGAAGGUUCUGCAAGAGUGCCGCAGAUUAAGCCAGGACUGUCCAAAGCAGAGAGAAGCCAUAUCAUCGUGUGGCAGGUGUCUUAUGUCCCAGAAUGACAACUGUCCUCCUCUAAUGGAUACAACUGAAUUUAAGACCCAUAUUAUAAAUCCCCUUUUUGCCCUCAACUAUUCAAAUAUGUUAUAAACUUAACCUUUCUCACCCAUGACCUGGUUAUACUGCUCACUGCUUACUAGUGGUCACAUGACAUGGGGCUGAGUUCAAAGAAUAUAACAAUCAAGGUAACUAUACAUAUGAACAUGGCAUUCUGGGUAAUGUGCAGGUGCGGCAGGAAGGGCAAGUUACAUGGCUCUUUGGGAGUCAAAUCCGGCACAUUAGGCAGUUUAGGGUUUCGUUGGUGAUACACAGCUUCAAACUAAGUGUAAAAAGCGACACUAAUGAGCUGUAAUAUAUAAAGUGUGAGAUAAAUGUGCAGGUGCAUGUGGGGCUUGGUCUUUCAUGAAGUGAUCAGAGCCCUCAGGAGUAAACACAGAAAUACUGGUACAUAAAUGGUGCUGUACAUAGUCAGCAUUUAGGCCAAAGGGUAAAUUUGUAAAUAAGAUGACAGUAUUCAUGAGAGCACAUGUGUAAACAAUAACGCGGCUAGCAGACGCUUGUGGACGUUACAUAAACAGCUGUGGAUUCAUUGCGAGAAAGCAGGAAGGAUGUGGGGUAUUUUUUUUUUUUAGCUUUUAUGAGACCAGACAUUUCACUUUGGAAGAGGGAUUACCCUUUACACAUGUUCUCUACUGGACAGCCGUUGUACACUUUUUAGAGGACUGCGCUUAAGACUAAAUUCGGGUCAUCAAACCAAAUUGCAAUCAAGGCAGUUGUCCAUCAACAGAUUAACAGUGACACCUGCUAUAACAUUGUGGCCAGUAUGAGAUCCCUGUUGUAAUUUAAUUUCGUAAACCUUAAACAGAUUGGGCAGCAGGGUCCCUUUGCUGUGGCUGUUAGUAAGCUGUGAGCUGAUUGGUUGAAGUCCUCUCACCGUGUCCUCUGCAGUCCCCAUGUAAGCACUAAAAAAAGCAGCAGGAUUCAGAAGCCAGGCUCCUGUAAAUUUACAGUAAAGCCUCCCCCCCCCCCCCCCACCAAUUUAUGAUCCUCCCUUCCCCCAUGCUAUGUACCUUUACACAUAAACUACUGUCUGUAAGUAUUAAAGAUGUGCAAGGAACACAAAGUAA